AUGUUGUUUAACACCAUCCAAGAUUUUCCUGCUUACGGUAAUCUUUCUAGGUAUACCGUGAAAGGGAAAGCACCUUGUCCCAUAAGCAUGGAGGAUUGCGGGGGAGAAUGGUUGAGCGCAUCACGCAAGCAUGUGUUCCCUUUACAUCGGCAAUAUCUUCCAUCGAGUCAUCCAUUUCGUAAAAGGAAAAAUACCUUUAAUGGAAAACAAGAUUUUAAAGAUCGCCUAAGAGUUCUAUCAAGUGAAGAGGUGUACGAAAAGGUUAAAGAUAUUCAAAUUACCUAUGGGAAAAAACAUAGGUCUUCUCUUCCUACGCAAGGCUUUAAGAAGUGUUCAUAUUUAUGGCGCCUACCUUAUUGGAGAUUCCUUUUUGUGAGACAUUUGCUUGACGUGAUGCAUAUUGAAAAGAAUGUGUGUGAUAGUUUGAUUGGUACUUUAUUGAAUAUUCAUGGGAAGACUAAAGAUGGCACGAAAGCUAGAGAUGACUUACAGACCAUGGGGAUUAGAAGUGAACUCCAUGCUGUUGUUAAUGACAAAGGUCGAGCAUACCUACCUCCAGCAGCUUACACAUUGUCAAGAAAAGAGAAAAUUGAAUUUUGUGAGAGCUUGGCUGGUGUAAAAGUGCCAGAGGGUUAUUCUUCAAAUAUUCGCAACCUUGUGAAUAUGGAAAACUUGAAACUUGUGGGCCUUAAAUUUCAUGAUUGCCAUGUUCUAAUGCAACAUCUGUUACCAGUGGCUAUUCAUUCAAUUUUGCCUAAAAAUGUUCGAUUUGUCAUAACCAAACUUUGUUUAUUUUUUAAUGCAAUUUAUAGCAAGGUCUUUGAUCCAAAAGAGUUGACUCCAUUGGAAGAUGGAAUCGUUGUAACUUUGUGCCAGUUAGAAAUGUACUUUCCACCAUCGUUUUUUGAUGUCAUGAUUCAUUUACCAGUUCACUUGGUAAGAGAGGUGCGAUUUUGUGGGCCUGUGUACUUGAGAAAUCAGUGGCCUUUUGAAAGGCAAAUGAAAACAUAUGGCGGUUAUGUCAAGAACCCUUUUCACCCAGAAGGUUGUAUAGCUGAACGAAUUUUUUAUGAAGAAGUUCUUGCAUAUACUAGUGAAUUUAUAUCAAAUUCAAUGAAGAUAGGGCUUCCUGUUUCUCGACAUAUGGGAAGAAUGGGUGGUCAAGGGACCCUAGGGCGCAAACAACUUGACAUGUCGUAUGACGAUUGGCAUAAGGCCCAUUCGUAUAUUCUUCACAAUGAGGAUGAGGUGAUGCCAUAUAUUCAAAAACACAUGAGAGACUUGAGGAAACACAAUAGAAGGGCAAAUGAGAAAUCAAUAGCUGAUGAACACAAUAGAUCGUUCAUUAGGUGGUUCAAAGAUCAAGUUUUCAGGGAGCUUCAGGAUUCUCCAAGUUCUAUUUCUGAUCGACUUAAGAGUUUGGCAUAUGGACCUAAUUUCAACGCUACUUACUAUUCAGGUUAUGUUAUCAAUGGUUUCACAUUUCACACAAGGUUGCAAGAUGAUAAUAGUACAAUGCAAAAUAGUGGGGUUACUUUAGAGGCUGAAGCUAUUCAUUUUGCUAGUGCAAAAGACAAGCAUCCUGUUUCUGGCACAAUGCGCUACUAUGGAUUUAUUGAAGAGAUUUGUGAGUUGCAUUACUCUAACUUUUCAAUUCCAUUUUUCAAAUGUCAAUGGGUUGAUAAUAACAACGGGGUUGAUCACAGUAGCCUUGGAAUGACUUUUGUUAAUCUUAAUAAGAUUGGUCACAAGGAAGAUCCUUUCAUUUUAUCUAGUCAAGCUAAACAAGUGUUUUAUAUGACCGAUCCAUCAAAUAAGAGAAUGUCAGCUGUUAUUACACCGAGACCGCAACAUGUCAUAGAUGAUUGGGGCGAUGAUAGUGUUUUGGAAGGUAGUUCGUUGUUGGAAAAGGGACUAGUUGAUGAUGAUGUAGCUGAUGAUUCUUCGAUCUACGCAAGAGAUGACCACAAUGAAGGUUUGUGGGAAGAUAAUGUUAACAAUAAUAAAGUAAAGCGAAAGCGAAAGCGUAGUCAUAAAAACUCUUAA